CUGCUUACAGCAUUUUCUCUUACUGUGCGUUAAAUACUGGUCUGAAACAGACACAAACUUGAUUAUGGAUCAAACAACAUAUGAAAACGAUAACACAAAGAAUUGUAUUCUACAAUCAGCAGUACCGGAACUUACAAAGUUAGAGCCAUGUUGGCUCGGAAUAGAUGAAGCAGGACGUGGACCAGUCUUGGGUCCAAUGGUUUAUGGAACAUGUUACAGUCCUAUUUCCAAGAAACAGGAUCUAGAGGAUCUCAAAUUUGCAGACUCAAAAACACUCACAGAGGAGCAGCGUGAAAGUAUAUUUGAGAAAUUAUGUGGAGCAGGGGAGUUAAUUGGCUGGAUGGUGGAGAUACUUUCCCCAACAUAUAUAUCUAACAGCAUGCUUAGAAGAUUUAAAUACAAUUUGAAUGCUCUGUCACAUGAUUGUGCCAUUGGUUUGAUACAGAGAGUUCUUGAUCAAGGUGUAAAUGUAGCAGAGAUAUAUGUAGAUACAGUCGGAGAUCCAGGAAAGUACCAGGAGAAGUUGAGUGCAUUGUUUCCCGGUAUAGACAUUACAGUGGCAAAGAAAGCAGACGCAGAUUACCAGAUUGUUGGAGCUGCUAGUAUAUGUGCUAAAGUUGCAAGGGAUAAAGCAGUGAAGAAAUGGAAGUUUAUAGAAGGUAUUGAAACAGAUGGAAACUAUGGUUCUGGUUACCCUGCUGAUCCAAAUACAAAGAAGUUUAUGUCAGGUAGUCUAGAUCGUGUUUUUGGAUUUCCACAGUUUGUGAGAUUUAGUUGGUCUACAGCUGAUAAAAUCAUACAAAAAAAUGGAGUCACGUUUAAAUGGGAAGAUGAUGAAGAAGAAGAGAACAAGAAUGUGCAAUCACUUAUCAAGUUCAUGGGUAAAAAAGAGGAGUGUACAAACAGACAUAGAUUCUAUAAAGAAAGAUGCCUCAGUAAUGUGACUAACCUUUAAGGCAUUACAAAUGUGAAAUGAUUCCAAAACCUUGGCAUCCAUUAGGAAAUAGUGAUCGUAAAAUGACGCCAAAACUUUUUCAUGUCAUUUGGUUCCAUGCGCUAGAUAAAUUUUUAUUGUUGAAACCAGAAGACAUAUUUGUACUACCUUUUCUGCAGGACUUAACAAAUAAAAAAAAUUCUAUUUCUUUACAAA